AUGUGCCCUUUUGAGAGGACUGGAUGCUGCAUGGCUCAACUUCUUCGCCAGCAAGAGGAUUUUCGCUGCCAGGUGUCAAUGCUUGAACAAUGCAUCAAGGAUGCUGGUCAUGAAUGUAUUUUUUUACUCAAAUUUCAUUGUGAACUCAAGCCUAUUGAAAUGUAUUGGGGUUGGUGCAAAUACUGCUAUUGUCAGAUUGUGAAGUCAAACUUUGCAGCAGCAAAAAAGGCUGCUGUGGAAGUUCUUGAUUCCUGUCCAGCCAAGAUUUGGACUAACCAGAAAAGCUGCAGAAUGGGCAGUACGAAAGCAGAAACAGCACAGACAAGUAUCACAACAUGCUAUGAUGGCAAUCAAGGCAGUGCUACCCAAUGCAGCCAGAAGUCAGUGAAAGUUUUUGGGAAAAAACCCAGAGGGUUUUUCGGCCAAAAACACACACCCAAACUGGGUAGCAAGGCCAAAAAUAUCGUGGGAAAACUUCGAACUAGUGUCUUUUUGUUCAUAUCUGGCCUUGGUUUUGGCUCAAAAAAAUCAUCUGCAGCCGCUAUCAAAGUUGGCAUUGACAGACCCGGCGCAAUGCAUGAGCCCUUUGGAAUGGUCUUCCUUAGUAGCCGAUGUCACAGGCAUAUCAUAUACAACAAGAGUUUUAGGGCUCUGGAACAAUUAGGUCUCCCAGGAGAGACCCACAAUAAUAUUAAUGCUGAGGCCUCCGGUCCUCCCAUAGGCGUCAGUAUCGCCGACAGGCAUAGUGUCUGAGGUCUCAGUCCUGGCCCAUCAUGAGUAUAAAGGAGGUCAGUAGCAUCAUCAGCUAAUCGUUUGAUGUUU